CGACGCUAUAAAGCCAUUGCACGUGAAGUACGCCCCCUAAACUUCGUCGCUGACUGAAAGAUUCAUCAUGUCUGUCGGAUACACCGUACUGGCGCUCCUCCUUACCUCGGUCGUUGCCCGAGCGGAGAUUCCCGCUGGUUACAUCAUGCAGGUAACCCCCAACUGCGGUGCCAACGACAAAGCAGACGCCUCGGUCACCAUCGUCACCGACCUGAACGCCAAGGCCAAGGCCGUAUGUCUGGGUGGGAAGGAAGUGGCCUUCACCUCCACAGACGGGGUCAACUUCAACCUUCCCUUCUCCUACCCAGGUCAAGGCCGCAAACCAUGCUCCUUCACUAAACGCACGAAGUCGCGGGUGUACGCGGUGAAGGUGAUCGUGUCGUACGGCGAGCCCGGCAGUCUGGUGCACCAGUACACGGAGGAGUACACCGUCACCUGCACCUUCAGCCCCAAGGGAUCUGACAGCAGCAAGAACCAGAAAAUUGCCGACACCCUGAUCGCGGCCAAGGAAAUCCAGACGAACGUGGGCGGCACCAGCAGCUCCACCAUCCACCUCAAGAUGGUGGACGUCCUCGGCCACAACCUCAACGGCAGGAGCGUGGACCUGGGCAGGACGGUGCAGCUCAAGGCCGUCAAUACAGGUAGCGAGGCAGGCAUCCGGCCCAUCUCCUGUGACGCCAUCGACGGCUCCUCGGCACGAUACGCCAUUCUCCGAGCUGGCUGCGGUGAUGGUAUUGUCUUCCCCAAGAACAUCGGCUUCACGACCAUCGGGAAGAAAACCCAAAGUCCGUAUUUUGAAGCAUUUACCGUCAACGUGAACUCCGCCUUGAAGUUUGAAUGCAACUUCACGAUGUGUGCAACCAGGUGUGACGGGAAUUCCUGCACCAAUGCCGGCAUCGGGAAAAGAGAUGUAUCCGGGAUGUCGGCACAUCGAGGCUAUGCAAUGGUAGCUACUGACGCAGUCGCCAUCGUCAACACGGCUCCAGGCGAGGGAGGGGUGGGGGACGUUCAUGUCGACAGGUCGCAGCAGUAACGUGUAUCGCCAUGGUAACGGGUUUUAAUAAAAACUCA